CUAUUCUUCACCCCCUUAACAACUUUCAAUCACACCUCAAUUCUUAGAACCUCAAGAAGAACAAGUUUCACCGUCUGUGUUCUCAUGGAGGAUCCAAAACAAAUCAACACAGAUGAAGAAGAAUUAGUAGAACCCCCCGUUAAUAAAUCCAAUUCUCAAAUUCAAGUUUUACUUUCAAAUAAAUUGGCCAGAAAGAACUCUGAAAGGUUCACUUACCUAAUUGCCGCUAUCAUGUCUAGCUUUGGUGUCACCUCUAUGGCUAUCUUUGUUGUUUAUUACAGAUUCUCAUGGCAAAUGGAGGGUGGAGAAGUUCCUUGGUAUGAAAUGUUUGGCACAUUUGCCCUUUCUGUAGGUGCUGCGGUAAGUCAGGACCCUUUUUCAAAUUCAGCAUUGGAAAGCAAUUGA